GGAAGUCGUUAAUUUACGACUGAAUAUGCGUGUUAUGGCGACUGCCUACACCUUGUCCUGCUUCUUCAUACUUCUCUUGGGGCUUCUGCUGCUGCAGGUGCAGGGCCAUGCAAGGCGGCACACUUGUUUCUCUGCUAUAUUCAGCUUCGGCGACUCCCUGCAGGACACCGGCAACUUCGCCCACGCCUUCUUCAACACCACCGUCAGUCGGCCUCCGUGGGGGAAUACCUACUUCCACCGCCCCACCGGCCGCUUCUCUGAUGGCCGACUCAUCUUAGACUUUAUCGCGGAACGCGUUGGGCUGCCGUUGGUGCAGCCCUACCUCGCCGGAGGAGACUUCUCAAAAGGAGCAAACUUCGCCUUCGCCGGAGCGACGGCGUUGAGCCAGAACGAUUUGGGCAGGUUCGGGGUGCACACGACUGGGUGGUUGAGGAAGAACACCCUGCACGCCCAAAUUAGGUGGUUCCAGAAACUCCUCCAGUCACAUUCCUCGUUUCAAGAUCCCAACUUCUUGGAGAGCUCCCUGUUCAUGGUAGGGGAGAUCGGAGGGAAUGACUACAACGCAGCUCUCCAUCAGGAUCUUCCAUAUCACAAACUCAUAAGGAUCGUCCCCCGUGUAAUUCACGCCAUCUCCUCCACUAUCACUAGGUUGAUCGGAAUGGGUGCAAAAACGUUGGUGGUCCCCGGAAACCUGCCCAUCGGCUGUAUCCCGGCGUGGCUCUGGCAGUAUCGCCGGGACGACCCCAGCGACUACGACAGCAACGGUUGUCUUCUAUGGCUGAACCGGUUCUCCGAGUACCACAACGACCGCUUGACGGCUCAAUUGAACCGUCUCUCUCGAGUAUACCCCAACGUUACCAUCGCGUACGCUGAUUAUUUCGGGGCCGGGAUGCGGAUGUUCUCCGACCAACGCCGGUUCGGCAUCAGCGAGCCUUUUGUUGCUUGUUGCGGAGCCGAUGGGCAUGGGUGUGAGUCGACCGGACCGGUUUGCAAAAACCCGGAGAAAUACGCUUCGUGGGAGGGGUUCCACCCGACGGAGGCAACUUACAAGGCCAUUUACGAAGGUUUGGUCGACGGACCAUUUGCGAUUCCUUUACUGACGAAAAAAUAUUGAUAUCAGCGAGCACAAUAUUUCAAGUGUAUUAUAAUAAUACUCGUCAAUGAUUCAAAAUAAUGAGU